AAAAAAAAAAAAAAAAAAAACCCUCAAAAUAAAUACAAAAUCCUCAAGGCGCUUCCUCCGCCGCUUUAACAAUCCCGUUUCCUUUUCGGCUCCGGCCAAUCGCCGGCCGCGAUGCUCGGGAACCCGGCCCGCCUCCUUCCCGCCGCGGCCAAUGGGAGAGAGAGGACGGGAAGGAACGCUUGAAAACGGACCAAUCCAAGGGAUAACCGACACCAUGUGACAACCAAUCGCGUCCUUUCGCUGCGGCCGUCGCGCCAAUCAGCAGCGCCGCUUGGCCGGGUAGGCGGGAGCGAGAUUGCCCGGCCAAUCGCGGUGCAGAGCCGCCGUGCUGACGUGGCUCCGGAAACCAGGCAGAUUUGAGACCGGAUUGUAAACAGCGAAGCAUGAUGGAUAGAGAGAAGGAGGCAGUGCUAGCCACGGAGAGGUAUGGCUCCAGGGAGAGGUGGAGGUACCGGGAGAGAGGAGGAGAGAUGGAGAGAGAGCGAGAGGGAGGAGAGGGAGAGAGAGCGGGCUCUUUCGUCAAGGUCUUUACGAGCGUGUUCCUGCCUCAGGGAUACCCGGAGAGUGUGAGUGAAGAUUACCUUCGAUACCAGAUGUGGGACACACUGCAGGCAUUCUCCAGUAGUCUCACCGGCACCCUCUCCACUCAGGCCACCCUCAGAGGGGUAGGGGUAGGGAGCACUGAGGCCAGCGUCGCCGCAGCAACCGUCACCUGGAUACUGAGAGACGGCACUGGAAUGCUGGGUAGAAUCCUCUUCGCCUGGGUCAAGGGAAGCAAAUUAGACUGUGAUGCAAAGAAAUGGAGGCUCUUUGCAGAUGUUCUCAAUGACGUCGCGAUUUUCAUGGAGAUUGUGGCUCCAGCCUUCCCAGCAUGCUUCACUCUCAUCGUGUGCAGCGCGGGAGUCUUCAAGUCCCUGGUUGGAGUGGCAGGGGGCGCCACGAGAGCCGCUCUGACGGUGCAUCAAGCGAGACGGGACAACAUGGCCGACGUGUCUGCUAAAGAUGGGAGUCAGGAGACUCUGGUCAACCUGGCCGGGCUGCUGGUCAGUCUGCUGCUCAUCCCCCUUGUGACCGACAGCACUGUGUUGACCUUUGCCCUCUACUUCCUGUUCACCUGCCUGCACCUCUAUGCUAAUUACCAAGCGGUGCGUUCCGUCGUCAUGGAAACCCUGAACCAGGCCCGCCUCUCCAUCCUGACCGACCAAUACCUGCGAGAUGGGCGGGUCCUCUCCCUGGCUGCAGCCAAUCACAGAGAGCCAGUACUGCCAGACUUCAGGAGGCGCGUCCAAAUCAGAUUGGGGGUGCGGCUUGGAGACAUUGUGAGCAGGUGGGUACCCCAAAAAGUAGAACCCCUGAGGACAGCCCCCCUGAGUUUCAAUAGCCAUAGUUUUAUAUAUUAUACUGGACUGUGGUUUCUUCCGAGAGAAGUGUGUGUGUGUCUGAGCACUGAAGCUACUCCUCAAGAUGAAAUCCAAGCCUCUUUCCACUCUCACCUCCUCUCCUCCCUGCUGCUGGAUACUGGGAGCAAUGGGAGCAAUGGGCCGCUGACUGGGGAGCAGAGAGACCAGUGGAGGCACACAGUCCGAGCAGCUGGGCAGGGAGAGGGGCUGUGGGCUCUGCUCUCUGAAACACACUGUUUUGUGGACAGAACCUUCCCAGAUUUCCUCACAGCUCUGCAGAAUGCUGGCUGGCAGACUGGUCGCACGUUGCUGGACUGGGAUGAAUGGAGAGUGAACUGGGAACCAGUCCCUCUGAAAAAAAUACUGUGAAGAGGGGGGGGACGGGGACGGUGGCAGUGUGUGUGAUUGUGCAGGGCUGGAAAUCAAACUGCUAUUGCACAGCAGUGUCAUCCAUUCCAGGUUUUACUACCAGCUUGAUCAGCCCCAGUGUGUCUAGGUAACAAGCUCAGGUGUGUGUGUGUUACAGGGUCUACUCGCAAUCCUUCAUUAAAUUUGCCGAAUGAAGGAUUUAUAGACACAUUGAAUACCGUCUGUAUCCUUUACAUUGUUUUUGAGAAUAAAAUAGGAUUGAA